CUCAGCCAACCCGGUGGUUCCCCCUCCCAUUCCCCCACUCUCAAGGGCAUACGAAAGCCUUGUCAAGGCUGAGAAAGUUAAUUCCUGAAGCCUGUGGUCUGCAGGUGUUGGCAGUAAUGCUACCUCCCUUUUUCUACCCCGAGUCAGAUAGAAACAAACAUGGGAAUUGUGUUUUGCUAGCAAUCUUAUCAACAAGGUCUUGUUGUGACCCGUCUAGAAAAUACACAAGAAACACAGAACUAAAUGUUUUGGUGGGCAGCGAUUAUGUGAAACCUGUUUAUUCUUAGAAUGACCUGACCCAUAAGAGUCUGGAUAUAAAAGACUGUGUACAGCAACAAUAAAGCCGUCACUUGGGCCAUCAGCCCAGGGGACCCUCCUGUUCCCAAACUGUCUUCUCUUCUCUCUUUUUUUCUUACAUUCCCCUACCCUCAGGACCCUGAUCUCGGUGUUUGUUGUGCCGGUUGCGACAAGUGGCACCCGAACAGGGACCUGAGACAACAAGGAGGAAAGUGAAAGCGGACCGCGCGACGUCUAAUUCAGAUUAUUCCCGAAAGGCCUGGCAUUCAUUCCUUCAAGAAACACCUAUGGCUAUUUUGGAAGUGCAAAGGGAAACAAGGAGACCUUUAGUGGCUCCUUUAAGAGAUAUGGGUCCACCUCCUAACAAGGUACAGGUACACCACAAGAUUAUCCCACAAACCACUUUGCAAUCCCCUGAAGGAAGAAUUCAUUCUGAUCUUUGGAAGUUAUAUGCUACCUUUGAUAAAAUAUAUACUAAUGACAGCUUUAGUUUUCCAGAAUAUUAUGUUUCUCCAGUUCUGCAAUUGCGUGCCUGUGUUCCUCCACCCUACUAUCUGAUUGUUGGAGACGGAGCCAUUACUCCAGUGAAAGAAGAUGGUCAUCAGUUAUACCGGCUGACUUGUCCUGCUUGUGAACGGCUGCGCAGGACCAAACGGUUUCUUGGACUCUUAAUUGCUGGACUCAUAGCAGUAGUGACUGUAAUUGCCUCUGCAACUGUAUCUGUAAUAUCCUUAUGUGAAAGUGCCCAAACGGCAUCACAUGUAAAUGAAUUGGCUCAUAAUGUAUCCAAGGUGUUUGCCACUCAAGAACGAAUAGACCGUAAAUUGGAAGCCCAAUUAGAGGCACUACAAGAAACGUUGAUGUAUCUUGGUGAUCAGUUUGCUGUUUUGCGUACCAGACUUUCUUUAAUUUGUCAUGAUGCAUAUAAGCAUAUCUGUGUUACCCCUUUAGAGUAUACCAAUAUGACAUGGGGACAAGUGCGUCGUCAUUUACAAGGGAUUUGGCAUGAUGCUAACACUAGCUUAGACCUCUUACAGCUACAAGAAGAGAUAAAUGCUGUUGCAAGUAGCUCACUCAGUUUCCCUGACCCUGGAGAUCUCACUGGAACCAUACUGCACCAACUUAAUGGGUUUAAUCUAUUUAAUAUUCUUCAGCAUUCCUUUUGGAUCUUUAUUGGAAUUGUUUCCAUAAUAUCUGUUAUACUUGUCUUGCUGUGUUGUUUCUGGAGAUGGGGUCUUACUGCCUUUACCACAUACCAAGCCAGGAUGCACAUGUUGCAAUUACAAACAAUAGGGGGACAUGUGGGGGGCCGGGCCCCGGUGCCAGGCUGAGACCGGGUCGAGCAAUGUUCCCUGUUGACUCAAGCCAACCCGGUGGUUCCCCCUCCCAUUCAUGUGGGAGGCCAGGCCCCAGCACCAGGCUGAGACCAGGUCGAGCAACGUUCCCUGUUGACUCAAGCCAACCCAGUGGUUCCCCCUCCCAUUCCCCCACUUUCAAGGGCAUACGAAAGCCUUGUCAAGGCUGAGAAAGUUAAUUCCUGAAGCCUGUGGUCUGCAGGUGUUGGCAGUAAUGCUACCUCCCUUUUUCUACCCCGAGUCAGAUAGAAACAAACAUGGGAAUUGUGUUUUGCUAGCAAUCUUAUCAACAAGGUCUUGUGACCCGUCUAGAAAAUGCACAAGAAACACAGAACUAAAUGUUUUGGUGGGCAGCGAUUAUGUGAAACCUGUUUAUUCUUAGAAUGACCUGACCCAUAAGAGUCUGGAUAUAAAAGACUGUGUACAGCAACAAUAAAGCCGUCACUUGGGCCAUCAGCCCAGGGGACCCUCCUGUUCCCAAA